AUGGUAGGGUCCUUUGACCCGGCGUCGCCGGUGCUCACGGCCGACGACCUUCGCGACGGCCUCUCGCGGGCGCUCGACGGCGGGCUGCAGCGCAAGCACGUGGCGCUGCUCGGCUCGACAGGAUCGAUCGGCACGCAGUCGCUGGACAUCGCGCGCGAGUAUCCCGACUACUUUGAGGUGGUCUCGCUCGCGGCCGGCUCCAACGUCGAUCUCCUCGCGCAGCAGGCCCGGCCAGCGCUCCUCUCCUCACACCCGCAUCCACUGCUGCGCACUCGCGAGGCUGCGGCUCUACCGAUGUCCCGCCCACACGCCCACAGGUCGCCGAUGCCCGAGAUAGUGGCAGGGCCCGAGGGGCAGACUGCAGUCGCGACCGCACCGGGCGCAGACACCGUCGUGACGGGCGUGGUGGGGUGCGCGGGGCUGCUGCCGACGCCACCCUCGCCCGGACCGCUGCAGGAGACGCUCAUCGCGGGCGGGCCAGCCAUCCUUCCCCUGCUCAAGAAGCAUGGCGCAAAGAUGACGCCCGCUGACUCGGAGCACUCGGCACGCACCCUCCCCUCCGCACCUCCCCUCCGCCCCUCCCCUCCGCACCUCCCCUCCGCACCUCCCCUCCGCCGCUCCCCUCCGCCGCCCACGCCGCGCGCGCUGCGCCGCGUCAUCCUCACCGCGUCGGGCGGCGCUUUCCGCGACUUCUCCGCGGCCGAGCUCCGCAAGCUCAACGCGGAGCAGCCGGACAGAGCGCCCUCCCCUGUAGGGGCCAAGAUUACCGUCGACUCUGCGACGAUGAUGAACAAGGGGCUCGAGGCGAGAGCGAGGACCCGAGUCAUCGAGGCGCACUACCUCUUCGGCGCGGGCUACGACGACAUCGACAUCGUGGUCCACCCGCAGUCCAUCAUCCACUCCGCCGUCGAGACGGCAGACUCGUCCGUCAUCGCGCAGCUCGGCUGGCCCGACAUGCGCCUCCCCAUCCUCUACGCCAUGUCCUGGCCCCACCGCGUCCACAAGUUCGACCUCGUCAAGCUCGGCUCCAUGUCCUUCAAGGCGCCAGACACGGACAAGUACCCCUGCAUCGAGCUCGCCUACGCGGCGGGUCGCAAGGGAGGCUCGAUGACGUGCGCCCUCAACGCAGCGAACGAGAAGGCCAACGAGCUCUUCCGCGAGGGAGACGCCACCGGCCCGCCCCGCCGAGCCCCGCCCCCCCUGACGCGCGCUCUGCCGCCGCCCCAGGUGAUCGAGCAGACGAUGGCGGCGCACGAGCGAGACUUCAAGCUCGACCCGAGCCUCGAGGACAUCAUCGCCACCGACGAGUGGGCACGCCAGCAGGUGGUAGAGGAGGCAGCCCGCCUUGCAAAGGCGCCCGUCUUGCUGUGA